GGGGGAGAAGCGAGGGCGGAGAGGCAGGGCGGGGGCUGAGGCUGUUUAAUAAAAGAAGAACAUAGCUCAGCUGCUGUUUCAACAGGAUGGGUUCUAUCGUGUGGGAAUGUGGUUAAUCAGCUUGACACAUUAACCUAAUACAGCCUUCAUAAUGUGAAAAGAAAAGACAAGAUGUCCCAUCUGUCUCAAGUGUUCUGUCAGACUGAGUGAAUAAGACUCUGUCAGCACAAAUAGUAUUUCAGUUUUUGAAGAAUCUUAACAAGCAGCAAAUUAAAGCCAGACCUUCAGUACAUGUAUAUCUGAAAGUGUACAUUGAAUAAUCUGACAGGCCUCAGUGACUGGCUCCCAUUCACAUGUGGAAGGAUGGCUACUUGCUUGAUGUUCUGCUGUCUUUUGUUCUUGGAAGUUUUGGUGGGGCAUACAAGUGGACACAGUUUAUUUUCUUGUGAGCCCAUCAUCUUGAGGAUGUGCCAAGACCUGCCUUACAAUACCACCUUUAUGCCUAAUCUUCUGAAUCAUUAUGACCAGCAAACUGCAGCAUUAGCAAUGGAGCCAUUUCAUCCUAUGGUCAAUCUGGAAUGCUCCAGGGAUUUUCGACCAUUUCUAUGUGCCCUAUAUGCUCCAGUCUGUAUGGAGUAUGGACGUGUCACUCUCCCAUGUCGCAGGCUUUGUCAACGUGCAUACAGCGAAUGUUCCAAACUCAUGGAGAUGUUUGGCGUCUCUUGGCCAGAGGAUAUGGAAUGCAGCAGAUUCCCGGACUGUGAUGAGCCUUACCCUCGUCUCGUAGACCUCAAUUUAGCUGGAGAGCCCACAGAAGAGGCCCCAAUGGCAGUGCAGAGGGACUAUGGCUUUUGGUGUCCCCGGGAGUUGAAAAUAGACCCUGAUCUGGGUUAUUCUUUCCUGAGGGUACGAGACUGUUCCCCUCCUUGUCCAAAUAUGUACUUUAGGCGUGAAGAGCUCUCCUUUGCCCGAUAUUUCAUCGGAGUGAUUUCCAUCGUCUGCCUUUCUGCUACCUUGUUUACUUUUUUAACUUUUCUGAUUGAUGUCACAAGAUUCCGCUAUCCAGAAAGACCCAUUAUAUUUUAUGCUGUCUGUUACAUGAUGGUGUCAUUAAUUUUCUUCAUUGGCUUUUUGCUUGAGGACCGAGUAGCAUGCAAUGCAUCUAGCCCUGCACAGUACAAGGCUUCCACAGUGACACAGGGCUCUCAUAACAAAGCUUGCACCAUGCUUUUCAUGGUCCUGUAUUUCUUUACCAUGGCUGGCAGUGUUUGGUGGGUCAUUCUUACCAUCACAUGGUUCUUGGCAGCUGUGCCAAAGUGGGGCAGUGAAGCAAUUGAGAAGAAAGCAUUGCUCUUCCAUGCAAGUGCAUGGGGCAUUCCAGGAACUCUAACCAUCAUCCUUUUAGCAAUGAAUAAAAUUGAAGGUGACAAUAUUAGUGGCGUGUGUUUUGUUGGCCUCUAUGAUGUGGAUGCAUUACGAUAUUUUGUUCUUGCCCCCCUCUGCCUGUAUGUUGUGGUUGGAGUUUCUCUGCUGCUAGCUGGCAUUAUCUCCCUCAAUCGGGUUCGCAUUGAAAUCCCAUUAGAAAAAGAGAACCAGGACAAGCUGGUGAAGUUCAUGAUCCGGAUUGGCGUUUUCAGUGUUCUGUACCUCGUUCCACUCUUGGUUGUAAUUGGCUGCUAUUUCUAUGAGCAGGCUUUCCGAGGUGUGUGGGAGACAACAUGGAUACAAGAACGCUGCAGAGAAUAUCACAUCCCAUGCCCAUAUCAGAUCUCCCAGAUGAGCCGCCCAGACCUGAUUCUCUUUCUGAUGAAGUAUCUUAUGGCUCUAGUAGUUGGGAUCCCUUCUGUCUUUUGGGUUGGAAGUAAAAAGACCUGCUUUGAAUGGGCCAGCUUUUUUCAUGGACGCAGGAAAAAAGAAGCUGUAAAUGAGAGCCGCCAGGUGCUGCAGGAGCCUGAUUUUGCUCAGUCACUUCUGAGGGAUCCUAAUACCCCCAUUAUCCGAAAGUCAAGGGGCACUUCCACUCAGGGGACUUCCACUCAUGCCUCAUCUACUCAUCUGGCUAUGAUGGAUGACCAGAGGAGCAAAGCAGGCAGUGUUCACAGCAAAGUAAGCAGCUACCAUGGCAGCCUGCAUAGGUCCCGUGAUGGCAGGUACACCCCCUGCAGCUACAGAGGCAUAGAAGACAGACUACCUCAUGGCAGCAUGUCACGACUGACUGAUCACUCCAGGCAUAGCAGUUCACAUCGGCUCAAUGAACAGUCACGUCACAGCAGCAUCAGGGAUCUCAGCAACAACCCAAUGACCCACAUCACACAUGGUACCAGCAUGAACCGGGUUAUUGAAGAGGAUGGAACCAGUGCUUGAUUUGCUUUCAACAUAAAGGAGAACCUCCUGCGACAGUGUUACUUGGAGUCCAUUUCUCAGUGAUGCGAUAAUACUCAGUAUUAUUGUGCUUCCCAUUGGUGCUGAUUUUUUGUAUCAGGA